AUUAUUCAAGAUGCCGCGUACUAUUGUUGAUGUUGAUCUCACGAAUCCCCAGUUUUCUGGUUUUCUGAUGAAGCAGAGUGAGGAUCUUUCAGGAUUUAGUGAGUGGCGUAGGUAUGUGGUUGAAGACAUGGAGAAAGCGAUUCUUUAUUCUGAAGGGUAAUAAACUUUAUUUUUCCAAGGGAACGAGAGAGCCGCCACAUGGAGUGAUUGAUUUGUCGAGAUGCCAGACAGUAAAAUCAGCCGAUGAAAAGACACAUAAGAAGCAUAGCAUUGAAGUCUCGACGACAGAGCAGACGUAUUAUAUGUAUGCCUCAUCGGAGAAGGAUAAGGACGAGUGGAUCGGUGCAAUUGGCCGUGCUAUUGUCCAGGCAACGAUUGCGGAACACGACUAAUCUCUGUACUUUUG